AUGGCUUUAGGUGUGGCCAUAAGAGGGUUCACUUACAUGAGGAAAGUAAUUGGUAUUGAUGCGGCUUGGAUCAAAACUAAGCAUAAGGAGAAGUUGAAGGAGUUGAUACCUGAUAGCUCAUACUUAUGUUUUAUUUCUGAUAGACAUCAAAGUAUCAAACAUGCAGUUCGUCAUGUUUAUGUUAUGGCUUCCCAUGGGGCAUGUUAUUGGCAUGUAAAACAGAAUAUAAAACACUGUUUCAAAAGUGCUGCAGGGACUAAAUUGUAUAAGAAAGCUGCAAUAGCGUACCGUAUCGAAGAGUUUAAUAAACACUUUGACCAACUUCGCAAAAUAUAUCCACAUGUCGCUAAGUAUCUUGAGAAUGAUGUCAAGUUCAGAAAGUGGUCUAGAGCACAUUUUGGUGGUAAUCGAUAUGAAGUCAUGACCACUAACAUAGUUGAGUCAGUGAACAAUUGGAUGCGAAAGGCAAGAGAGUACCCUAUUAUUGCUAUGACCGAUUUUAUCAUAAGCACGAUGGGACAAUGGUUCCUUGAACGUCGACGGGAAGCAUAUGCAGUGACAACUCCAUUGACACCGAGGAGGGAAGAAAUAUUACGUAAAAGAUGGGAUGAAGUCGGUUCAUUGAUAACUCUCCAGUUAAACGAGAAUGAGUACAAUGUGAUGUGUGGAGAACUCGAUUCAAUAGUAAAUUUAAGGUCAAAGAGUUGCACGUGCAAAGUUUUCGAUAUUGAUAACCUUCCAUGUAUCCAUGCAAUAGCAGCAGCAGGAAAGGCACAACCCCAAAAUACUGGGGAGCUCAUAUAUUCUAUGUGUUCAAAAUACCACACGUCAGAAUAUUGGUUAUUAGCAUAUGCUGAAACUAUUUAUCUUGUUCCUCCAAACUCACAAUGGACCGACAUUCCUGAAGAUGUUAUUGCAGUACAAGUGAUAGCACCUCCUGAAGACAAGACUAAAGGAAGACCAAAAAUCAAUCGCAUACCUUCCCAAGGUGAAGUCCCUAAGAAAAAAUAUAAUUGUGGAGCAUGUGGACAAUCAGGACAUAAUUCAAAAAAAUGUCCUAGUCGACAAGUGCCAUCAGAUGUUAGAAGCACAACUCAUGUGUGA